AUGGCAAAAGUUCAGUCGAAUCCCUCACACGGCUCAGGCCAGACAUGUCUUGCACUAUCACCAGACGGGAGGCGCGCCUUCACAGGAGGGCAGGAUUGCAUCGUACGAAUCUGGGAUUUGGAUGCCGGAACAGAUCAUGAGCCAGAGGUAGCACCUGAUGCGGAUGGAGGGGUGAACACCGUCGCCGUAGCUCACGACUACUGGAUCUCCGGAAGUGAAGAUGCUGAGGUCAGACGAUACAUGAAGGAUAAAGGGCAAAUAGAUGGCCUAGUAACUAGCGCCAAAGGUGUCCCAGUGCGGUGCGUGGCACUAGAUGCGAAGGGGAAGAAGGUUGCUGUGGCUUCAGAUGAGUUAUCUGUGAAAUUGGUCAAUAUGGAAGACAUAAUGCAAGUCACCCUGUUGGAGGGUCAUACUCGGGGUGUGCGGUCGGUGUCAUGGCAUCCGUCUGGGGAGCUUUUGACAACGUGUGGUGCAGACGGAAAGAUCAUUGCAUGGGAUGUGACCGAACCGACAGCUAAGGUUGUCAAGACUGUCGAAGGUAUAAUACCGACAGUGAUCGACUCUGCCGUGCCAGAGUUCCUACACAACUGUUCCGUAGUGUGGCACCCAUCAGGGCAAUACUUCUUUGCGGCGUCGAGGAACCACGAAAUUGUUACUAUCUCUCGGUCAAACUGGUCGAAGUCCGCUACUUACGACGACAAGGACGUUACCGGUGCUGUUACUGCAUUAGCUGUUUCUCCUAAUGGAGUGUACAUGGCAUCGGCUGUGCAGGGAAAAGUCCACAUCUGGUCGACGCAAACGCGGCGAAUUAUCGCAUCUCAUCCUGGGACCCCGGGUGCCAUCAUCACACAUAUUUGCUUUUCACCAGUCCGAAAUCUAGUCGCAUGGACCGACUCCGAGGGUGUUUUCUUUCGAUGGCAAGAUGUCAUCCCCGGUACAAUGCCUAGCCCUGUAACUUCGUCCAAUGCCGCAACGGCGACAGUGACAACGAAGAAGGUUCCAGAGUCCCUCUCCUUAUUUGGAGAUGACAAUGCCAUAGACAGGGUGCUUGAUGGAGGAGCCAUUGAUGAGGAUGAAGGCACGGCGGAUGUGGAUGACUGGAUAAUUGAUGAUUUGGGUGGAGGCAUCGCCGACGAGCCAGAAGGUGCCAAGGAGUCGAAUGGAUAUGUCAAGGAGAUGGCAUAUAAUAUGAUCGGCGUAAUAGAAGUCACAGACCAAGAUACGCAUCAUAUCGUCAACGUUGAAUUUUUCGACCGAUCUAUGAGGAAGAGUUAUCACUUUACUGACCACUACAAAUACGAUAUGGGAUGCCUGGAGAAUGAUCAUCCCUCCCAAGUUCUGUACAAACCCUAUGGUACUUGGGCCGCCCAAAGCGAGUGGACGUACCCUCUCAAACGAACGGAUACCCGGGUCUUGGGUAUCACAGCUGGCGCAGCGAUGCCGACGCGCAGCCUCCGUGACAAUACCAACGAUGAUCUCCAAGGGCUUGGAAAUGUCGUUAUCGCUACAAGCGAAGGGGACUUGACGUUCUUGAGUGGAAGUGGGCUCGAGCGUCGUAUCUUAGGCCUUGGUGGGGACUUUGUUUCGAUGGUAGCCGCCGCGGAGUGGGUAUUCGUGGUCCACAGGGCUGGCUCGACGACAAUAGACGGCUCUCAGAACUUGUCAUAUUCUCUCGUCAACUUCGACGAUUUCAGUGUCCGCCAGAGGGAUGUCCUCCCAAUUCCUAAAGGGCACCGCUUGACAUGGGUCGGCAUUACCAGCGAAGGAGCCCCAGCCAUAUAUGAUACGACCGGGAGGGUCCACAUUCUGACGAAGUACCAGAUUCCUCAUCACGGCUCAUGGACGCGAAUUUUGGAUACGAACCUACUAGAACGAAGGAAGGGGAAAGACGAAUCGUACUGGCCUGUAGGUAUCAAUGGUAGCACGUUUAUGUGUUUGAUCUUGAAGGGACGGCAAGAAUUCCCAGGCUUUCCUAGACCGCUUGUCCAGGACAUCCCCAUUACUAUGCCUUUCCGUCGCGAGGAUGUGCUCAAUGAACAGGUAUAUCGUAACCUCAUGUUCCUCGAUAUGGCGUACGAUCAGCUUGAGGAUGAACUCACAACCCGUGAACUGUCCCAGCGAGAACUAACUAUCGACAAAGAAUUUGUCCAGCUCAUCCAAGAAUCCUGCAAGGCCGGAAACCUUCCCCGCGUCGUCGAGUUAGCCAAACUUCUCCACUUCCCCCACUCAAUCGACAUUGCCGUCAAGAUCGCGGAAUUCCACCGGUGCAUCGGGUUGAAAGAGAAGCUCCUUGUGCUCAAGGCUAGCCAGGGGGGCGAUGUCGAGACUCGACUCGAAGUGAUGAAGGAGAAACGGGAUUCGUGGCUGAAGAAGGAUCCUCCGCCGAGGAGGAAGAUGAUUGAAGAGUCCUCGACAGCGACAAGGGCUUUCCAAAAUUCUGCGCCGCCACCUGCCAUACAUAGGCCUGCCCUUGCGCCCGCUGCCAUAGCAGUGGAGCACACGCGAUUCUCCUCUGUUGCGCCAAGACCAGCGGCUCAACCGUCGUGGGACGAACCUCCUGCUAUAGGAUCGUCUAGCUCAUCAGAUGGCAAGCGAAAACGCGUCGAAGACAACCUCGAAUCAGAAGGAUUUGACUUCACGCCACCACCGCCUCCAAAACAGAAAACAAAUCCGUUUGCUCGAAAAGCGGAGACGGGGCGUAAUCCAUUCGCCAGGAAAGGUGAUCCUAGUAAGCCUGUUCAAAAAAGCGAAAGCUUCUUCGACAAAGUCGAUGCUGCGGAGUCGGGGAAACCCAAAAAACCCAAUGGCAAGGGAAAGGAAGCGAAGGAGAAAACUAAAAAGCUAGCUGGUCAACAAAAGACACUUGAUCAGUUGAAUGGUGUUGUGCGCCAGAAGGGAAAGGCGAAGGCGAACUCUACCGACACACAAACAGACACACAAACAGACACACAGUCGACCGACGUCACAAUGACUGAUGCAUUGGGCUCCGAAGCGACCAUGCCAGUCGACGAGUCGCAAGCAACUACCGACGAUCAGGAUGGGAAUUGGGAAACCGGUUCCGUCGAUUGGGACGAAACCCAACUCGUCGAGACACAAGACAAAACGACCUCGUAA